GUUACUUGUUAUGAUUAAGGGCAGUGAAAACUAGAAGGGUAGUAUUGAUAAAUUUAAAUGAAGGGGUAGGAAUGAUAAUUACUACGAGCUUAAAUAAAUAAACGUGACGGGGGGAUGCUUUUUUUUUAAAAAAAAAAAAUUGUAUGAUAAUUAUUUUUAUUGUAAUAUUUAUUUAAUUAUUAAGAUUAUACAAAGGUUUAUGGAAUUUAAAAAUCCUAAUUCUAGUUGGAUUCUAUUAUUCACGAAGAGUCUUUUUCCUGUAAGGAUUCUAGUACUAUUAUAAAGGGAUGUCUAGCUUGUUUUUUUUUCAUUAGAGAUCAUUAUUCAGAACUUUCCAAGCAAAGUACUUCUUUCUUCUAUAAACUGCGUCACAAACUACUACCAUGCGUGAAAGUGAUCAAGAUAUCGAUGCCAAAAGCCAGAAGCAGAGGAAGUUACCGAACAACAUGGAUGAGGAAAUGAAUAUGAUAGAAAAUCUGCCAGACGCCAUGCUUCUGCACCUCUUGUCUUUCCUUCCGGCGAAAGAUGUCCUCAAAACUAGCAUAUUAUCUAAGAGAUGGCGACAUCUAUGGAUGUCUGUUUCCAAUCUUUACUUUGAAGAAUGGAGACCUGAUAAAUUUGUGAUGUUCAUGGAUUCUGCAGAAAGGGCGACGGUGUGUCGUGAUGUUCCAAGAAUUGAGAAAUUCUCUCUCUCAAGUCAUAUGUUAAAUAGUGCAUGUAUUAAUGCACUGAUAAGUAAUGCACUGAGCUUUAAAGUGGAAGACUUUUCAUUUCGCCUUGUCUAUGUUGGUGUGCCAAUAUUUUUACCUCAUCACCUGUUCUCUUGUCCAACACUAACUGUUCUGAAUCUAGAAGAAGUUACUCAAUUUCCUUGCAGUACUGCAUGUCUUCCCAAUCUGAAGAAGGUAAGAUUGUCAUGUGGUUAACUUCCGUAUCAGCAGUUACUGUUGCAGUUCUUUUCCGGUUGCCCAAAAUUGCAGAAGCUGAUUCUGAAUCGAUGCUUUUGGAGGGAUGCAAAUCUUGGUUUUAUUUCUACUCCCAUGCCUGAACCGGUGGACAUUACUCAACUUCCUUCUACUUCAUGUCUUCCCGAUCUGAAGGAGUUAGAAUUGUCAUUUUGUCUACUUCCAUAUGGGCAGUCAAUGGUGCAGUUCUUUGGUGAUUGCCCAAAAUUACAGAAGCUAACUCUGAAAGAAUGCCAUUGGGGGUUAGCAGAUUGUCUCUACAUUUCUACUCCCAUGCUCGAAUCCGUGGUCAUUUGUGAUGCUACUUCGAGUGGUGGUUGUAAAGUCGUGAUUUCUGGAUCGAAUAUUAAAUCCUUCUCCUACCAAGGUGAUCUCAGAACUACUUAUUGUUUAUGUUCAUCCUCGAUAGUUGAUGCAUAUAUACAUGUGAGUUCAAAAGGUAUGAUUGAAAGGGAAGGGAGAGAAAAAGAAGUUGCCCAUCGUGUCCAUAAGCUUAUUAUGGAGUGCUGUAAUGUGAAACACUUGCGGCUAUCACCUGAUACUCUUGAGGCUCUUGCUUAUGCAGACGAACUAGAUCUUCCAGUGUUUCAGAGAUUGACUCGUCUUGAAUUGAAGAGGAAGAGUGUGGAUUUAUCGUGCAGAGCACUGAAUACAUUGCUACAGAAAUUGCCUCAUCUUGACUGUCUUGAUUUCCGAAUGGGUGUCUUCUUGCCUAAGAAACAUAAAAAUUUCGCAUUGGAUCCAUUGCCUCCUUGUUUCUUGACACAACUCAAGAUCAUCAAGAUCCACACAUUCUCUUUAACUGACGAGGAAUUGCAUGCUGUCGGGAUUUUAUUCAGAGUUUCAACUGUUUUGGAGAAGUUGUAUAUUUCAGGAGGCAGGUUGAACCAGAAUAAGAUAUCCAUGCUCGCUAGAGAAUCAAAAUUUGAAAUCAUUUCCGUGUGAACCAUGCACCUGAUUUGAGUUUUGACAGAAAAUCCCAUGUGUUGAGCUAUUAAAACAACUUGUGCUUUUGCUUUUAUUUUUCUGCAGUAGUAUUUUAGGUCAAUGGUAUUUGUAACGGUUCAAGCUGUUCAAUAGGGAUAUUUUGGGUCCGAUUCUGCUACACAUUCUAGUUGUUCUUCAAUUUCCUGCAAGUAUUUUUGGGUCUGAUUCUUCUCCAUGAUGGGACUAGGUUCUUCGAAAAUUCAUCUGGGAUUUUGUUGUAUCUUAAUGUUUUUAUUUAUUCCAUUGAUGCACAAGCGUUUAUUGCU